CUCGACAUCAUGGCAUCAUCUAAUCACCAUCCUCUUCCCCCUCCUUUUCAUCAUCUUGGGUUCCACGUGGAACCCAGAUCUGGGCUCCUGGAUUCCACAAGGAACCCAAAAACCCUCUUUUUUUUUUUUUUUUCCUUUUUGUCAUUUUAAAUGUGUCCAAAUUCCAUAAUGGAGCCGGAUGAAACCAAAGUUUCAUAUUCAUUUUUGAAUUAGAGAAGUUAAGUUCAAGGUUUUUUUUUCUUCUUCGUCUUCCAAUACCUGCAAGCUUCAAAGCCAUGGAUCUGAAUCCUGAGAAGGCAAGUGAGAGGAAGAAAGCCACGCCUCCAAUGGAAGAUCUGUCUGGAAAAUGGAUGGAUCUUCUUCCAUCAGAAGUGAUCAUCGACAUUCUAUCGAGACUACCCAUCACCUCCCUUGCUCAGUUCAAGAUCACUUCCUCUUCCGGCCGUGCUUUAGUUGCCGAUCAGAGACUCCCUGCCAUGUUCCUCAACUGGGUAAGUGAUGCUAACCCAUGUCUGAUCAUGACCAACCUUGAUCCAUCUGCCCCCAAGCAACUAUACUUUGUGGACAGUAAUGUCCCGGAUGAAGGGUAUAGCAAUACUGCAAGAAAAAUCAAUCCCUUGAGAAAAGUUUCCAACUUGAAUUUGUUGGGUUGUUGUAAUGGAUUGUUAUGCAUAUCCAUUCCCAAAUACUACUGUUCAAAGGAAGUUCGUGGGUUGCAGAUUUGCAAUCCUUUUGUUAGAGAUUCUCAUUCUAUAGAGUUGCCUAUCCCCAAUCGGUUUAUGAACCAAAGGGAAAUCUUUGGAUUUGGAUUUCAUCCAAGGAGUAGAGGAUUCAAAGUGAUUAGAAUUGUGUUCUCUGACCUUGAUCAUGAAAGGGCAAGAAGCGAUGGUGACUGUCCACAAAUCAGAGAUUCAGGUGUUUACCAUUGGAACAACAGAAUGGAGGAAGAAGGGAGCUUCACCAUAUCUAUUUGAACCAAAAACACCAGAGGCUCUGGUGGAAGGGUCUCUGCAUUGGGCUCUUCCAAGCCUGGGCUACCCCUGCAUCAUCUCCUUUGAGUUGGCUGAGGAAGCUUUUCAGAAAAUCCCACUGCCUUGUGCUGGAUUUUACUUUACAUGUUAUCAUCUUUGUGUGCUUAAUGGGUGUCUAUCCGUUGCUGGAUUCAUCCAAGGCAGCCAAUUGGACAUCUGGGUGAUGAAGGAAUACAAUGUGAAGGAAUCUUGGGUGAAAGAAUUCUGUAUUACAAUAAAUUAUGUUCCUUUGUUCUUCUUUGAUGGGCAGAAUAAUGCUCCUCUAGGAAUGUUAAUUCAAGAUCUUGCUUCGAGUUGGGUGGGAAGAUGCUUAAGGGUUUUAUGUGUCUUGAAGAACGGUGAGAUUGUGCUGGAGUGUAACAAGAAAGCUUUGGUUUCUUAUGAUCCUAAAACUAACAGGUUCAAGGCUUUAAAGAUCAACCGUUUGCCGCAGCAGUUCCAAGCCUUUGUUUUUCAACCUACACUGUUCUCGGCUAAGGAAACCGUUGGAUUGAAAUGGAGCUUUAACCUUCACUACUCAUAUAUAAUUUGCUCUGUUUAAGUGAGGCUUCUGAUGGAUAUUAAUAUUACUGAUCAUGUCUUGAAGUUAGUCGAAGAUGGAUUAGAGGCUGCAGGUAGGAAUGUAGUUGAAGUUUUCACUUGAGGCAAGCAGAAUACUGAAUUAAUUUCAGGUUUCCCUCUACAAUUUUGUUCUUAUGCUAGAUGAAGUAAUUGUCAUAUAACCAUUAAUAGUUGGACAUUGACUAUUUUCUAUAUUUUAACUACUAGUUUUAAGCCUCAUUGAUGGAAUAAUAGAAAUAAAAGGAUUGUGUAUUU